AACGCCGCUCGGCGGCAGCUAUGGCGCGGGCCCUGCUGGCCCUGGGCGACGACCUGCAGGCCGAGGCCACUUGCCCCAUCUGCCUGGAGCUCUUCUCCCAGCCCGUCCUCACCGAGUGCGGCCACAACUUCUGCCGGCCCUGCCUGGAAGCGGUGCUGGGCAAACCCCCGCGCCCCGCCGCCUGCCCCCAGUGCCGCGCCACCGUGGCCCCCGGUUCCCUGCGGCCCAACCGCUCGCUGGCGGCGGUGGCCGGGCUGGCGGAGGCUCUGGGCGAGGAGGCCCGGCAGCCCCGUUGCCAGACCCACGGCGAGGCACUGAGCCUCUUCUGCGAGAGCUGCCGGCGGCCCCUGUGCCCGCUGUGCCGGGAGGAGCCCCCCCACCGGCAGCACCGCGCCCGCCCCGCCGAGGAGGCCGCCCGGCAGCUGCGGGAGACACUCCAGACCAACCUGGUUUUUCUACGAAAAGAGAAAGAAGAAUUUAAGCCCGAAGGAGAAAAGCAAAGCAAUGUCCUGCUGGAGAAGGUGGCCUCGGAGCGGCAGAGGCUGCGGGACACCUUCAGGGAGCUGCAGCAGUUCCUGCGGGAGCGGGAGGGUGUCCUGCUGGCCCAGCUUGACCAGGCACACGACGAGCUCACCACGGAGCUUUGCGAAUACGUUUCCAGCGUUUCGAAGAGGAAAUCGCUGCUGGACACGCUGGUUGCAGAGAUAGAGAAGAAACGUGACCAGACGGUGGUCGAAUUCCUUAUGGAUGUUGACAAAACCCUGAGCAGCUGCGAGGCGGCGAAGGCCCCGAUCCCGGAACCAGUUUCCCCGGAGCUGCAGAGGACCAUUAAGAACCUCUCUGAGAUGAGCCAACUGGUCGUGGGUACAGUGGCCAAAUUCAAAGUGAACCUGCUGAGAGAGAUGGACAGAGAAAAGGUGAAGGUGACGCUGGACCCGGAGACGGCAAGCCCGUUCCUGAUCCUCUCGAAGGACCGCAAAACCGUGCGCCUGGGAGACGGACAGGAAGACCUCCCCGACACCCCCAAGAGAUUCAUGGGCAGCUCCAGCGUCCUGGGCUGCCAGGGUUUCACGGCUGGGAGGCAUUACUGGGAGCUGGAGGUAGGGGAUGGAGACAGCUGGGCCGUAGGGGUGGCUGUGGAGUCCGUGCAAAGGAAGGACUCGCUCAGCAUGGCCAUGGGGAAGAUCUGGGCCUUGCGGCGGGACUGGGAUCGCAAAUACACGGCGUUACACAUGCCCCCCACCUCACUGGCACUGAAGGAAGAGCCCCGGAGAAUCAGGGUCCACCUGGACUAUGAAGCGGGCCAAGUGACCUUCUACAACGCAGAGAACAUGAUGCAGAUCUUGCAGCUCAAGGCCUCCUUCACCGAGAAGGUCUUCCCAUACUUUUGGCUUUGGUCACAAGAAACCUACAUCCAACUCUGUGCCUGAUGGGCUUGGAUGCCUCCCGGUCCCCUGCCUGUGCCUGUGGCUAGCUGAGCAGUCAAGAGAUGUGGGAAUGGCAGAGCAUUGCAUUGCAAACUCACUGCAGCUCUGCCUGGGCUGGAUCCCCUCUGCACAUUGCUGCAUCUCCUCCUGCUGAGUCCCUUGGAGCAUUAAAGAUGUGUUGUCCUGCCUGGGAGUGUCCGCAUGCUGGUAUCCCUGGCCUGAUAUCACAGUGACGAUGUCCCACCUGUCCCUGUGAGCACUGAGGACAUGCACAAAUAAGCCGGAGAGAGGCAGGGAAGAUGCUGUGAUUGCGCAUGCUGGUCUUUGGCAGCGCUGCAUGGCUUGCUUUGGCUCGGUGUGGUGUGCUGUGUUGUGGGCAGCAUGGGGACGCAGCCACCCCCACAUCCAGGAGCUCAGGGUGGAGCCACCGAGCUGAUAAUAGCAGUGCUAACUUCUCAUGUAAAACUGUAAAAACUGUUGCUUGAGAGGAAAACGUUCAGGGAGGGGACAGG